GAGGCGGCGGCCCUGGCUUCUCCUUGCUCCCCGGGUUCCGUGAUGCUCAGGCGGCUCCUACCUACUCAUGCAUAAGGAUGCCUUAGAAAAAUACCAUGGACAAAUAUAUUAAGGUGCAAAAGAUUGGUGAAGGAUCUUUUGGGAAAGCAAUUCUAGUUAAAGCCAAGGAAAAUGGCAAACAAUAUGUUAUUAAGGAGAUCAAUAUAUCCAAGAUGUCAAAUAAAGAGAGAGAAGAAUCAAGGAGAGAAGUUGCGGUGUUGGCAAACAUGAAACAUCCAAAUAUCGUCCUGUAUAGAGAAUCUUUUGAAGAAGGUGGCUGUCUUUACAUAGUGAUGGAUUAUUGUGAAGGAGGAGACCUCUUUAAAAAAAUUAAUGCACAGAAAGGUGCCUUGUUUCCAGAAGACCAGGUCAUGGAUUGGUUUGUACAGAUCUGUUUAGCAUUGAAACACGUACAUGACAGAAAAAUUUUGCAUCGAGAUAUAAAGUCACAGAAUAUAUUUUUAACCAAAGAUGGAACAAUCCAGUUGGGAGACUUUGGCAUAGCUAGAGUUCUUAAUAGUACAGUGGAGCUUGCUCGAACAUGUAUAGGAACGCCAUAUUACUUGUCACCAGAAAUCUGUGAGAACAAGCCUUACAACAAUAAAAGUGACAUAUGGGCUCUUGGUUGUGUUCUCUAUGAAAUGUGCACACUGAAACAUGCUUUCGAAGCUGGUAACAUGAAAAAUCUGGUACUCAAGAUAAUCUCUGGAUCAUGUCCUCCUGUUUCUCUGCAUUAUUCCCAUGAACUCCGGGGUCUGAUUUCACAGUUAUUUAAAAGAAAUCCUAGGGAUAGACCAUCUGUCAACUCCAUAUUGGAGAAACUUUUUAUAUCUAAACGCAUCGAAAGAUUUCUCACACCUCAGCUUAUUGCAGAAGAAUUCAGCCAUAAAGUAUUCCAAAAGUUUGGACCUCAUGCUGGACCAGCAAAGAGACCAGCUCAAGGACAGAACUUGGCCUCUGCUGCACCUGCUCAGAAAAUUACCAAACCUGCUGCUAAAUAUGGAGUGCCUUUAAUACUUAAGAAGUCUGGGGAUGCAGCUAAAAAGUUCCAUGAAAAGCCUUUAAUUAAAUGUAGACAGGCCCUUCCAUCUCCAAUGAAGAAAGGGAAACCAGUAGAAGAAAGGAGGAAAAUGUUUGAGGAAGCCGCUAAAAAGAAAAAGCUUGACAUCUUUGAGAAGGAAAAACGACAGCGUGAACAGAUCAGUUUCAUGAAAGCUGAGCAGAUGAGAAGGCUUGAGAAAGAAAGGAUGCAACGAAUAAACAGAGCCAGAGAGCAAGGUUGGAGGAAUGUGCUCAGCACAGGUGGAAGUGGUGAAAUCAAGGCUCAAUUUUUUGGAGGCGGAGGACCUAUUGUGCCUUUACCUAUGCCUGGUCGAGGACCAUAUGAACACUAUCAUGCUAUUUUUGAUCAGAUACAGCAACAAAGGGAAAAUAUCAAAAUAACAGAGGGGAAGGAUGCUGAAUUGAAAGAAAAGCCUGGUCAAGAGCCCAUUGAAAGAGGGCUUCCGCCUGGAGUUCAUGCAGGAGUUCCUAAUGGGCCUGCAGGUCACCAUCACUCACCUGAUGCUGAUGCAAUUAGGAAAAGAAUGAAAAGAUUGGAGGAAGUGUCUAGACAAGCCAGUGCAAACAGGCAAAAAGGAUGGGUAGCUGCAGAAAGAGCUAAACAAGUUGAGGAAUUCUGGCAACGGAAGCAAGAAGCCAUGCAAAACAAAGCUCGUGCCGAAGGACAUAUGGACACACUGCAAAGCCCGACAGCUAUCUAUGGAGGCAGGCCCAUUUCUUCAAGAGGAAGGAAAGCCAGAAACAAGGAGGAAGAGGAAUACUUGGCAAGACUAAGACAAAUUAGACUUCAAAACUUCAAUGAACGUCAGCAAAUUAAAGCUAAACUUCGUGGAGAAAAGAAUGAAGCUGGUGGUUCUCCUGUGCAUGAAAUAAAUGAAGAAGCAGAACUACGACGUAAAAAAAUUGAAGCGCUGAAGGCACAAGCAAAUGCCCGAGCUGCGGUCCUGAAAGAACAGCUGGAACGAAAAAGAAAAGAAGCAUAUGAAAGAGAGAGGAGAGCUUGGGAAGAACAUCUGAUAGCCAAAGGGGUAAAGAAUCCUAUGGGAGCUGCAGAAUUAAGUCCUACACAUGUAAAGCAAGAAGUUGGAGGUUCUCCUACCAGGCUGUUGAAGCCCAGUUCACCACAAAUCAUCUCCAUGACUUCAGCUUUGAAGGAAGUGGGUGCGGAUGAAAAUGCUGCAGUUGCCCAGGAAACCCCAGCAGAAAUAAAAUCUGAUGUUGGUGUUCAAAACAAGCGAGAAAUACUCCGAAGACUGAAUCAAAACCUGAAAGUACAGGAAGAUGUGAAAGAAAAAAAUGAGCCUAAAGGCAUCUGUGAAAUAGCUGUGGCUGAUGACAAUAACCAGCAUCCAGAAGAAAGGUGUCCGGUUUUAGCUGAUCGUAAGAAAUGGGACGCAGGCGCGCAACUUGUGGUUCCACUAGCACAAUUAACAAUGGAAGAAUCCCUCUGUGGUACAGAAGCACAUACAUUCGGAGAGGUUAUUAAGCUAGAUAUUGCUGAACCUCAUCGAAAAGUCUGGGGCAAAAGUCCCACUGAUUCAGUGCUGAAGAUACUUGGAGAGGCUGAGUUACAACUUCAGACUGAUCUGCUAGAUGACUUAAGUAUUACCAAUGAAGUUCCAAAGGAAGCUUUAACAGAAGGAGAGAAUAAUGAAAUGAAAGAGGCAACUCCUGUUGGAGAAGAAUCAUCAGUUGAAGCAGAUAAUUCCGAAACGAUUACAACUGAAAAGCUUCAUGCGCUGGAGUUCAGCCGGUUGUCGCCCAAGCCUGAUUUGAUGGAUGAGCCCGAUGACUUGGAAGCAGAAUUAUUAGAAGAAACCAACAACAAUAAAUGCAAAACAAAUGAAGUCCAUGUUAGAACUGAUGUGUGGGUUAACGAAGGAAAAGUAACGGAAACAGUGUCACAGGAUCAAACUGAUAGUAGCCAGUAUGACAACAACGAAGAUCUGGCUGAAGAAAAUAGCAUGUUGAAAAAAUUGUCACUCGAUGAUGAAGCAUCAGUUGAGACCCAUGAUUCUAUGCAACCUGAACCCUUUUUCCAGAAAGUGGCACAGCAUCAACCAAGAUUAGCAGCUUUUCCAGUUCUGUCAGCACAGUCUUCCCUUGACGAUUCUCUUCCGACAAGGUCACGUUCUGUAUCACCGGAAAAAACGAAAGGCAAAAAUUCACUCUUGAUAGGGCUUUCUACUGGUCUCUUUGAUGCAAAUAAUCCAAAGUUGCUGAGAACUUGUUCACUCCCAGAUCUUUCCAAGCUAUAUAGAACAUUGGUUGAUGUUCCAAGUGUUGCCGAUGUACAGAAUCAACAGAAUCUUGAAAUAGAGGAUAUGGAAGAUGAGCCUGUCAAAGGAGGACAUUCUGAUUGUGAAGACAUUAUGUUCGGGGAGGCAGAUACAGAUUUGCAGGAGCUUCAGGCUUCGAUGGAGCAAUUACUUAGAGAGCAGCCCAGCGAUGAAUUCAGUGAAGAGGAAGAAACAACUUUAAAAGCUGAAUGCCUAGCAAAUGGUACUGCGGUGGAUGAGGAUGACAACAAUCCCAGUAGCGAAAGUGCCCUUAAUGAAGAAUGGCAUUCAGACAACAGUGAUGGUGAUAAUGCUAGUGAAUGCGAAGAGUAUGAUAGUGUAUUCAAUCAUUUGGAAGAGUUGAGAUGUAACCUGGAGCAAGAAAUCGGCUUUGAAAAAUUUAUUGAAGUUUAUGAGAAAAUAAAGGCUAUUCAUGAAGAUGAAGAUGAGAACAUUGAAAUUUGUUCAACAAUAGUACACAAUAUUUUAGGGAAUGAACAUAAACAUCAAUAUGCCAAAAUUCUCCAUUUAGUAAUGGCAGAUGGAGCUUAUCAGGAAGACAAUGAUGAAUAACAUGCCUUGGUGACAUUCUGAGAAAAAUGUAGGUGUAUGGACUUUGUUGAGUAGAAUAACAAGGUACAAAUGAAAAACAACAGUUUAUUGAAGCAGACUUUAAAUCUUGUUGAUUGCGUGGAGAUGAAAACAUGACACUUCUCACUGAAAGGCUGUUUAUAGAUUUCCUUUGUCAUAUAGCUACAUUAUUUCAAAUGAUAACUGAAAAGGUUACACUUUGUUUAAAAUGAAUAGCAAAGAAUGUAAAGGUUGACUCAGAAAUUAUUUACGGUUUGAGAUGAUCAUGUAUGAAUAAGCCCAUGUCAUAUUUAGCUGCUCUUUGUUUAAAUAUAAGCAGUGAAAAAGAACAACCAAAACUAAAAGACCUCUUAAAAUUCUUUACAUCAAUGGUUUUUUGGGGUACUGCUGGCAUUAUUAGAUUUGACUUUGCUUUGUGUUCAAGAUAUUUUGUCAUGUCUCAGUAACAGUCUCCUUGAUCUUCAAUAUACAUUAUAUGGAAGUGCUUCUCAUUAAAAUCAGUGAAAUGUUUCCAUAUGAUGAGUGUUUACUCAGGGUACUUGAGUAUUUCACCUUAUUGUGUUCAUGUGCGCGUCUGUGUAUAUAUAGUUAUAAUGAAUAAUCUUCAGAAUUCUCUUCUCAUUAUUUCUGUCAUGCUUAAUUUACCAUUUGUUCCUCCAAAGCAAAGCAAAUAAGGUAUCAUUUUCAAGACUUGAUUUUAUUUCUGUCACAUCAGUUAAUGAAUGAGCUUGGUGCUGAAGAGAGAUUCUGCCAUUUUCUAUUCUAAAUCAUAGCAGCUUUCAAUGUGAAGAUUUCUUUUACUGUAGUAUUAUGUACUCAGUUAGCUUACUGCUCAUUUUGGGGCCUGUAAUUGGGAUCAUCCUAGCAGUGACUGAGUUCAAAGUUAAUACAAACAUUGCGCUGCUGCUGUUUUGAAAAUAAGAUAUGUAUCUUGCAGCCAGAUUAUCUGGAGGAAACAAGUUGAAUUUUACUCUGUCUGCUUGUCCGCUCUAAGAGAAGAAGGGGUACUUGAUAGGAAAAGAAACAAAUUCCUAUGAGAUGAUGACUUAAAAUAUUUCUGGUGUUCAACAGGUAAUAUCAGCAAGCUAGCUGAAUCAGCUGUAAUGUGUAACAUCCAGUUUUUCUAUUGAAAAAGUAGCUCUGUGUUCCCUGGCUAAUAAUAAUGUCAGGUGGAAAGUAUAUAUGUGAACUCACAAUUAUUCUAGCACUAAAUUUUAAAGUUAUGUUUUAUUUCUAACCACACAUAAUAAAUGCUUUUGUAUGAUUGUU